AUGAAAAAGAAGUUGAAACUUGCAUUCAUGGUCAAUGAGUCAGCGAGAAAGAUAACCUACAAUAAGCGAAAAAAGAGUCUCAACAAAAGUAUGGCUGAAAUCACUACCCUUUGUGGAAUUGAUGCUUGCGGUAUAAUUUAUAGUGAAUUUCAUUCAGAGCCAGAGGUUUGGCCUUCUCCAUCAGAGGUCCAAAGGAUUAUCAACAAAUUCAAAAAUCAUUUUGAAUUUGAACAAGGUAAUAAGAAGAAGCUAAGCCAUGAAACCUAUUUGACGCAGAGGGUUACAAAGUCGAAAGUGCAAUUGGUGAAACUAGAGAAGAACAAUUUGGAAAUGCAGAAGUCCUUGACAUUGUAUCAAUGUCUUCUCCAAGAAAGUUUCAUCAAGACUCUGAAUUCAGAUGUUUUGAAUGUUAUAGCAUGUGAAAUUAAUGGGAAGUUGGAGGAAAUUGCUUCAAAAGCAAAUGAACUUGACACAAAUGCAACCCGUUAG